AUGAGAACGGAGGUGGAGAUCUCUUGGAAGCCGCCACCUCCCGAGUGGGUUACUCUCAACUCCGACGGCUCUGUCCAUACUGAGUCAGGUCAUGCAGCUGCCGAUGGCCUGAUUCGAGAUCAUAUUGGGCGCUGCCUUGCAGCGUACGCUAUUAACCUGGGGAGCUGCUCUAUCACCCGGGCUGAGUUGAGAGGCGUUGUAGAGGGGCUGCAGUUGGCUUGGGACACGGGUUUCAGACGUGUCAUAGUGGAGCUUGAUUCUCUUUGUGCGGUUCAGCUCCUUAGAAGCUUGAACUCACCAGAUCAUCAACAGGCGGCCAUUAUCCAGAGAUUCAAAGAGCUGCUCACUCAUCAAUGGGAAGUUGUUGUUUCCCAUAUUUUUCGAGAAGGGAACAAAUGUGCUGAUCAUCUUGCUAGUAGAGGGCAUCUGUUGCCUCUGGGUUAUCAUCUCAUCUCCUGUUCUGAUCCCACUUUGUGUAAUUUCAUUAUGUACGAUUGUCAGGGGCUCUCUGAACCCCGUUUGGUUUUGAAUAAAGGCUGA